AUGGCUCCAGGUCAACUUGAACAUAAAGAUUAUCUCUUUCUUACUGUCUACUCUCUCACACUACUGCUGGGCCUGCCUUCCAAUAUCCUAGUGCUAGCUGCCUUUGUCAACAAAGCAAGGACCGAAGGCACCACUCCCAAUGUCGUUUAUGUCAUAAAUCUUUGCUUGGCUAACUUAGUCUUUGUAUUAUGGCUGCCCAUUAAAAUAGUGGAGACGUUAAAGAGUUGGACCCUUCCUGCUCUUUUGUGUCCAAUUUAUAACUUCUUCCACUUCAGCACAAUCUAUGCCAGCACACUCUUCCUGACAUCGAUAAGUGUGGGCCGCUAUCUCAGCAUCGCCUUCCCCAUCAGUUACAAGCUAUAUAAGAAAGCCAAGAAUUCCUGUUUCGUGUGUGUGUUUUUCUGGGCAAUAGUCAUCACCCAUGUGGCUUUGGUAUUAACCGUACAGGAAAAUGAUGAAGACCUUUUUAUCUCUUCCUCCGCGGACAAUACCUCGACUUGCUACAACAACUUCACGAAAGAGCAGCUGGAUUUCCUGGCUCCGCUGCGUCUGGAGAUGGCUGUGGUCCUGUUCUUCAUUCCCCUGUUAGUGACGUCCUUCUGCUACUUCAGGUGCAUCGCGCUGGUAGUGAGGUCCUGCCUGCACACCAGGAGGAAGCGCAGGGUGAUAAGAGUGGCUGUGUCCACACUGAUCGUUUUCGUGGUUUGUUUCGCGCCGUACAACUUCUCCCAUGUGGUGGGGUUCAUCCGGCAUGAGAACGUCGAGUGGAGGGGAGAGGCGCUUCUCACCAGCACUUGCAAUGUCUUCCUGGAGCCCAUCAUCAUGUUCUUCCUGUCCUCCUCUACCGAGCACCGCUUAAACCACUGCUGUCAGCUCCCGAGGGAGACGUUCUCGGAGACCAAUUGCAAAGCUCCCCCAUCACACAACAAGAGGCAAGAAUGA